AUGGCGCAGAUGCAAAAGGAGGAGCGAGUGUUUAAGAUUUCGGGAAUCGUGGAGGCCUUCUUUGGGCGGCUGUGGAGCAUGGACGAUCGCAAAUCGCUGGUCGCUCGAUUCGUCCCUAAAGGCCUCAAUCACUACCUCUAUGCCGCCAAGGAAGACCCCAAGCAACGCAAGGAGUGGCGUGAGCCCUACACCGAAGAGGAACUGGGCCAGUUCCGCGACUUCAUCAAGUUCUGCUCGGACAAGGGCGUCGCCUUCAACUACGGAAUCUCGCCCCAGGCGGAUCUGUCGCAUUACGACGACGAGCGCGGCUUUUCGUCGGACGUGGGCCAGCUGGCCAACAAGCUGGCCACGUUCGCCGAGCUGGGCUGCCGCAACGUGACUCUCUUCCUCGAGGACCUGUCCGCCGCGCGCCAGAUGGCGCGCACCAAGACGCCGCCCCAGAAGGGGCAGCAGCAGCUCACGGUGGGCCUCAUGCACGCCAAGCUGGCCAACGACCUCGCCAAGCGGGUGGCCGACGUGCUCAAGGAGCGGCUGGGCGACAAGCCGGCACCGCGGGUCAAUUGGUACAUGUGCCCAACUCACAGCUGUGGCGAUUUCCAGGCUCUUGAGCGUGGCACGGAGGACAAGGCAGACCAAAAGAAGAUCAAGUACUGGCGAGACCUCAACCAAGCUCUGCCCACCAACUGGACGCUUCUCUUUACAGGACGGACUACCGUCAGCGCCAACGUCACGGUCGAGUUCGCCAAGAGCCUCUCCGCGUUCUGGAAGAAGCGAAAGCUCAUCCUGCUCGACAACUUCCCUCUGAACGACUACCGACCGCACAUCCUGUUCCUGCACGCCUACCAGGGCCGUGAAGCCGGCAUCGAAAAUUACUUCGAGGGAGUGUUGGCCAACCCCAUGGAUAGAGUCGAAGCGUCCACAAUUCCACUCACCACCGUGUUCGACUUCCUUCGCGACCCUGCCAAGUACAACCACAACACGAGCCUCUUUGGCGCGCUCAAUGAGGUGUUUGAAAACAACAGCCUCAACAACCUGAUGGUCAACCUCAUCCAGUACUACCCGUCCUCCCCGCUCUGCAACAAGGAGAAGAUCAUCGAACUCCACAAGCAGCGAAAGGUCCAGAAGACCGAACAGCAGCACCUCACACACCUCAACCAGGGACUGGAUCGAGUGGCGCGUUUCCUGCAACAGAGCACGGACGAAAGGCGGCAGCGAUUGUUCGUCGAGCUGGAACCCUUCUUCACACUGGCCCGGGCCUUCGUGGUGAUGAACCUCACCCAGUACGCGCUCGAGGAACUGCUCAACUCCCACACCGCCACCGAGUCCGCCAUCGAGACCACGCAGCUCGAGCUCACCGAGGCCCAGCGCACCCUCGACGCCCUGCUCUUCCCGUCGCGCCCCGCCAAGCUGCUCCGCCAGCGGCUCCUCGAGCUCAACGAGCGCUUCUGCUCAUGA